UUACCCUGGGGCUAGAUCUUUUCACAGGGCGUCCCGGUCCAGUGCACAACGUUGGAAGCUCAAUUCAGCUUGUACAUUUUCCCCGGGCUGAUCGCAGUCUGUAGUAGCCGCUGCCAGACUGACUUCCUGGAAAGGCUCCAACAGGAAGAGAAGUUGAAAACUGACACGUGGACUUUGUAUUGCAAAGAGACAAACUCCCCUCUGAAUCCCAAACCAGAUCAGCUCGGCUUUCGCAAAGUCACAGGCAGGGCUGCGGUGACAGGCAGGCAUUCCAUUCACUCCCUGUGAAUGGGCUGGGCUUUGCAAUUGGCAUCUUUCCUUUAUUUAAGCACCUUCUUGUACAGUAGCGGCCAGCAAGGGAGCUUGGGGAGUAGGAAACGUAACCCUGUCCUGGGGAUUUUUCCUGUCAUUGCUGCCUGCCCUUUUUGCUGUCAUUCCAGCAUCCUUGCAAUAAGUGCAACAACCGCACGGUCUAUCAGUGUCUUUUUACUUUGUGAGUCACCCUUUUCUAAAAAAAAACACUGAAUGGCCUCAAGCAUCGCCAGGAAUGGUGUUCAAGUAUACAGUUCUGACCUGGUCUCGCUACAUCAUCAUUAUCAGCAGCAGCCUGUAAAGAAUACGUAUAAGGAAGGCACGAAAAAAGAUGGGACGGUGGAUUCCUAUUGGUCCAGGCCUGAAUCUCGAAUCUGGACUCUGAUGUUACUGCUUGGGACUUGUUUACUCUACUGUGCCAGAGUGACCAUGCCUAUCUGUGCUGUGGCCAUGAGCAGUCACUUCGACUGGGACAAGAAACAGUCCGGCAUUGUUCUGAGCAGCUUCUUCUGGGGCUACUGCUUAACUCAGAUCAUCGGCGGAUACCUCAGCGAUCAGAUUGGAGGAGAAAAAGUCCUCCUCCUCUCUGCAUCUGCCUGGGGUUUCAUCACCGCGAUCACUCCGCUGCUCACCUAUAUCAGUUCUGCCCACCUGAUUUUCAUGACACUUGCUCGAUUCCUCAUGGGACUAUUGCAAGGAGUGUACUUCCCUGCCUUGGCCAGCCUCUUUUCUCAGAAGGUCCGUGAAAGUGAGCGAGCUUUCACAUGCAGCACAGUAGGGACUGGCUCUCAGUUCGGGACGCUGGUGAUCGGUGGGGCAGGGUCCCUCCUUCUGGACUGGUAUGGCUGGGAGAGUGUCUUCUAUUUCUCUGGUUUACUCACUUUGCUCUGGGUUUACUGCAUGUUCAAAUACCUCCUGAAUGAAAAAGAACUCAUCAUUUGCUUAGAACAUUUUUCAAAGGGCCUCUCGUUAUCCAAACAGACCAAAGUUCCCUGGAAGCAGUUAUUUAAAAAGGCCCCUAUCUGGGCUGUCAUAGUCGCUCAGCUUGCUACGGGCAGUACAUUUUUCACCCUUCUCUCCUGGUUGCCAACUUUCUUUAAAGACACUUUUCCCGAGUCUAAGGGCUGGGUGUUUAACGUAGUGCCGUGGCUGGUUGCAAUCCCAACAAGUUUGUUUAGCGGAUUCCUGUCUGAUCACCUGAUCAAUCAGGGCUAUAAAACGAUCACCGUUCGUAAGUUCAUGCAGGUCAUCGGCUCAGGUGUAUCAAGCAUCUUCGCCUUGUGCAUGGGUCAGGCAUCCAGUUUUUGCAAAGCUAUAGUAUUUGCAUCUGUCUCAAUUGGACUUCAGACCUUUAACCACAGUGGCAUUUCAGUCAACGUACAGGAUCUGGCUCCUUCGUGUGCUGGCUUGUUGUUUGGUGUUGGAAAUACAGGUGGAGCCCUAUUAGGUGUCAUUUGUGUGUAUUUAGCUGGACAUCUGAUUGAAACCACUGGUUCCUGGGUUUCUGUUUUCAACCUUGUGGCUACAGUUAAUGCCCUGGGGCUCUGUACAUUCCUGAUCUUUGGAGAGGCCCAAAGGAUGGACACAGACUCUGCGUACAUAGAUCUAUAGUCGCUGUAAAGAUGGGUUCAGCAAAUGAAAUCUGCUGAAAGGUUCAGGACUGUCAUGUCUAUUGAUAGCUGUUGUGCAAAUGGUUGUUUGCAGAAGAGAAUAUUAUUAUUUUGUAGAAUUUAAAUAGAAAAAAAUCUAUUGAGAGAAUAUUAUGGGCCGGAACUAAACCCAGAGGAGGGAGGAAAUCCAGAGUUAAAACUUAGCUCAGGGGAUGGCUGAUGGUUAUGGAGCCUUUCAGCUCUAGGUCACAAGUUUGAAUUUGAAUUCACUAGUGCCUGAACGAAGCAGCUCCUGGCCUAUGUGAAAUCAGUUGGUAGCUCUAGUCAGUUCCUAGUGCAGGAAAUGCCAUUCCAGUUGACACUAAGUGGUACCUUAGCUGGGAGUCUCAGCAGAGAUGUCAAGGACUGAACCGCUCAUUGAGAGCGAACUCCACUUUUAUCCUGAGAGAUGCUCCCUCCAGGACAGAGACGAGGCAUCUGAGCAGUGCGGGAAUCAUGCAUUGCAGGUGUCCAUGUUCUACCUGUUCUGUGACUGAGAAGAUCACUCCUAUCUUCAGGGCUGUCAAUCAGUUCCUUUCAUCAACACUAAAUGAACUUAAUAAUACCAAGGACUGUCCUUAACUCACCCUUGUGUGCCUCAGUAUUGCCAUACAUAUAACAGGUACAAUCAGGGUGUACAAAGGAAUGGGUUCAGAGUUGUUUUGCCAUAUGCUGUGAAUGUAUAUGAUGGGUGGCUCACAUUCUGGACUAUGGAUCCAUAAUAUCAAGUGCUUUCUGCUUCACUAGGUCUGUUCCCAGUGUGCAUUGAAAGGAAUGCAGGAGACAGUCCAAAGAGCCCGAAAAGUGCAUGUUAUGUAUUUACAUUAAUUGUAGGGCUUGUUUCUGUGUUAUGGAUCCAUACUGCUCAAUGCUCACCAAAGGGGUUACCAUGCCGCUGCAGUACAUGCUUUUGAGCCUGAUUGUGUUAAGUUAUUUAUAAUUUUUUACUUUAAAUACCAAAAAGCCUUCAUCCACUUUAUGCUCGAAAGAGGUGAUUCUGCAAGCUGUUGCGUGUGGGACCUCUUGCUGCAAUCAAUGAGAGUUCUGUGAAAGGAAGGAUUUAACAGCCUGCAAUUUUAUUUUGUUAGGGCUUAUUUUAAAUACGGAGGUUCAUGUAAAAUCAUAACAUGUCUUCUCCCCGCUCCCAUGCUUAGAGCUUUUGCAAAACCUAUUUGGUUCUGUUUAGCAUCUGUGUUUUAAAAAAUUGUACUUGUGGAGUGAAUGAGCAAGGGACAAAAUUUCAAAGGGGCCACAACCCGGCAUCUUGGUUUUAAGUUUCAGUUCUGUUCUCCAGUCCGUGGCAAGGACUGUCGCUCGGGAAUUGGCCUUUUUAGCGACUCGUGAUGCUGCCUCACGACACCUAGCAACUGAUCUGCUUUAACACUUAUGCCAUCAUCUGUUGAGGCAGACGGUUGCCACGGCAUACGAAUCAGUUUCGAGCAUGGCUUAGGGCAUUUCAGGGCCAGGACCUAAACUGGUGUAAAUUAUUGUUGCUACAUAAUGAAGACAUAACAAUUUACACCUGCUGCCAAACCUGCACUCACCAAAAUGUUGUGGAUGUGAAAUUUACAGGCUCAGAUUUAAUGCCCAGAUUCUUUGAAAAU